AUGACUUCAAUUUUCUGCCGUUCCUUUUUUCCUAUGGUUUUCUCCACAUCGUCCACGGUCAUUUGUUGUAGACUUUUUCAUGUGGUUCUGGAAUUUUCUUUGAUUAUCGCUGUUUUCAGUUUUGAAGUUAUUCAUUUACUUAGUUUUUUUGCAGGUAACUCAGAGGGUUCAAUGAAUUCUCACCAGUGCUUUUCGCAUGCCGGAUGUCGCUCCACUCACUUCGAGAAGCAGUUCCAGUAA